CUUGGCCAUAGGAAGAUGGCUCCUUCUCUGAAUACCAAAACACUUUCACUUUGCUCCUUCUUUUCUCUCCUUCUCUUUUUGCAUGUGUGUGCAAGAGAGAUGAAGGUAGAGGAAGAGCUUACAAAACAAACUGAAGCCUCAGCUGAAGCAGGUAACCCUUAUAUUACUGGAUAUAUCAAACACAAAAAGGUGAAUCAGCCUUAUCUUGCUGGUUAUAUUCACUCUCAAAAUGAUAAAAAAGAAAAAAGCAAACCCUAUAUAACUGCCUAUGGUGGGAUUAAGGGGGACAACCAGCCUUACAUAACUCAAUAUAUUAAUGGCAACAAGAUAAAUCAGCCUUACCCCACUGGUUACCGUCACUCCCGCAAUGAUAAGAGAGAAGAAAAUGAACCUUAUAUAACUACUUACGGUGGGAGCAAAAAGGAAAAUCGGCCUUAUAUAACUGGAUAUAUCAAAGGCAAAAAAGUAGAUCAGUCUUACCUUACUGGCUACCUUCACUCCGAAAAAGAUCAAAAAGAAAAGGGUGGAUCUUAUAUAACUGGUUAUGGUGAGAGUGAAAGAGAAAAUAAGCCUUAUAUAACUGGAUAUAUCAAAGGAAAAAAAGUAGAUCAGUCUUACCUUACUGGCUACCUUCACUCCGAAAAAGAUCAAAAAGAAAAGGGUGGAUCUUAUAUAACUGGUUAUGGUGAGAGUGAAAGAGAAAAUAAGCCUUAUAUAACUGGAUAUAUCAAAGGCAAAAAAGUCGAUCAGUCUUACCUUACUGGCUACCUUCACUCCGAAAAAGAUCAAAAAGAAAUGGGUGGAUCUUAUAUAACUGGUUAUGGUGAGAGUGAAAGAGAAAAUAAGCCUUACAUAACUGGAUAUAUCAAAGGCAAAAAAGUAGAUCAGUCUUACCUUACUGGCUACCUUCACUCCGAAAAAGAUCAAAAAGAAAAGGGUGGAUCUUAUAUAACUGGUUAUGGUGAGAGUGAAAGAGAAAAUAAGCCUUACAUAACUGGAUAUAUCAAAGGCAAAAAAGCAGAUCAGUCUUACCUUACUGGCUACCUUCACUCCGAAAAAGAUCAAAAAGAAAGGGGUGGAUCUUAUAUAACUGGUUAUGGUGAGAGUGAAAGAGAAAAUAAGCCUUAUAUAACUGGAUAUAUCAAAGGUAGAAAAGGAGAUCAGUCUUACCUUACCGGCUACCUUCAAUCUCAAAAAGAUCAAAAAGAAAAAGGCAAACCCUAUAUAACUUCUUAUGGUGGGAGCAAAAGAGAAAAUCAAGCUUACAUAACUGGCUACAUCAAAGAGAAAAAGAAAGGAAGAAUCAGGGAGUAA